GUAUCUUGUUGGCGAAAAAGAAAUUUUACAGAAAAAUUGCAUAACGCAUCAAAUGCUUAUUAAUCAAGUCAGAUGAUUAAAAAAGGUUCAUCUUGGUAAGAUUAUUCAGCAAGAUCAAGAAUGUUAUAUAUAAAAGCGUAUGCAUAAACAGACACUCUUAUCAACUCAACAUCAUUUAUAAUGUCUACUGCACUUUUCUCUCCUAUCAAAAUUGGUCGACACACACUUAACCAUCGUGUUAUUCUUGCACCAUUAACUCGAUUCCGUGCUACUGAGGACGGUGUUCCUACAGAAAUCCAAGCUGAAUACUAUCAGCAACGUGCAUCUGAAGGCGGCCUCCUUAUUACUGAAGCUACUUUUAUCACAGACCGUGCAGGAGGUAUCCCUUAUAUUCCUGGUAUCUAUUCACAGAAACAGAUCGAAGGCUGGAAAAAGGUCACCCGCGCUGUCCAUGAAAAGAAGGCAGUGAUCUACUUACAAUUAUGGCACAUUGGGCGUGCAGCUUUCAGCAAGAACAAUCCCAACCAAGAACAAGUUGUAUCUGCUAGUGAUGUCCCUAUAGAAGGCCCCAGUUGGUUCGGUGAGGCUCAUGAAGUUCCUCGUCCUCUUACAAUUGAUGAAAUUCAGGGUCUUAUUCAGGAAUUUCGCCAAGCUGUUGUGAAUGCUAUCGAAGCUGGGUUUGAUGGUGUUGAAAUCCAAUGUGGUGGUGGCUUUAUUAUUGAUCAGUUUAUCAAUUCAGGUUCUAACAAGCGAACAGAUAACUAUGGUGGCUCUGUAGAAAACCGUACUCGAUUGGCUCUCGAAAUUAUUGAUACAAUCACUGAUGCUGUUGGUGCUGAUCGUAUUGGUGUCCGUCUUUCUCCUGGUUCAACCUUUGGUGGCAUGCAAGAUGAGGAUGUUGUCGCUACAACAAGUUAUCUGGUUUCUCGCAUUCAAGAGAGACACCCUGACUUGGCUUAUCUUCACUUUAUCGAGCCCCGUGCAGACGUGCAUAUGAGCGAUGAAGCAACAACAAACGAUACGCUUGAGCCCUUUAGAAAGAUCUGGAAGGGUCCAUUGAUUACUGCAAGUGGCUUCUCAACUGCAAGAGAAUAUGCUUUUGAAUUUGCUGAAAAGACAGGAAGUAUGAUUGCCUUUGGCCGUGCCUUUAUUGCUAAUCCUGAUUUGCCUCAACGACUCUUGAAUGGUUCAGAACUCAACAAAUAUGAUCGUUCCACUUUUUACACCCGUGGUCCGAAGGGUUUUAUUGAUUAUCCCUUUUUAAAAUAAACUUUAUUAGACAGCUACAGGUGGCC